GUUGUCGCUGUUGUACACUUGUCUAUGGUUGUUCGAGUCACUACGCACUAGUCAGUUAUGCCAGUAAAAUGAAAGUCCUCAUAACGGUCGGCGGAGGGUCGAUGGAGAUUGGAAUUUUCUGCGCUUUUGGAAUACCAUGUUCAAGCUUCACGGCUCUGAACGUCCAAGAGAGCUUCAAAUUGUAUUGAAGCUUUCGAAGCAGCAUUCAUGGAACUAUGAACUUGGAUUCUUUGUCUUAUACAUUAUCACAAAUCAGCUUUCUCGUCGCUAAUUUGUCAAGGAAAAAUUACACUUCUAGUGUUCAAGAAAUAUUGAACGCCAUCCAAUUACAAGGAUUUGAAGUUGAUCGACAUUUACUGCGUUGCUUACUUUCUCAUAUAGAUUUGAGAGACAGUGAAGGACCACGAAGUACAUCUCAUAAAGAUUAUUAUCAAGCUCUACUUUUAGCGCAACAAUGUAAAACUCUUUUGAACAAGCCCUCGCUUUUUUCAAUUUUGUGUUUUGCACUAGACAAUCCACUUGCUAAUUCAAAACUAUUGAAACCUUCGAUAAAGUUUUUCAUACAGCUAAGUAGGCUUUUACAUCUAAGUCCUGUACAAGAAGUGGUUUUUGGAAUUGUAUGUUUGGAAUCAGUCAACUACUCCACAUAUGCCUUAGAGUAUGUGAAACAAAAAUUACCAGAACUAAUUAAAUUCUAUAUUAAUUUAGAAGACCAUAGUAAUCAAGUCACUGAAGGGGGAUUGCAUGAUUCUAGUCCUGAAGUUCUUCAUUUAAUACUAUGCCACAUAUUUUCUGUCACCAAUCGAGAUUUUGGUAUUAGUAAAGAAGUAAAGAAUAGUUUGUUGUUAAACUUACGUCGUGAUUUUCCUUUAGAGGUUGCCCCGGUUUUAUUGGCUCCUUUGAUAUAUUCAAAUAAGCCUGACCACCCUAUGGUUAAAAUGGAUCAAGAAACAAUUAAUAUUAAGAUGUUGGAUACAUCGUUAGCCGAUUUCAUGAUGGAAAUAGGCUACUCAUUUUGCGUUUCAAAAGAUGAGUGCAAGAAGAAUUUGAUGUCAAUUAUUGCUGGAAAUGAUGUGACAUUCGUUUUUGGCCCAAAAUCUAUUGCUAAUGUGUUAAUAAUGAUGAUACGUAGUCACUCUGGUUUAGAAACACAGCCACUCUUGUCCUUCUGGGUGGGAGAUAACCGUAUUGAUUUGAGUGAUUUGACUACUUCUAACGCUAAUUUAACUACAUGGAAUGUUGAAGCAUUUGUGGGCGCAGUUCUAGACGUGAAUCCACUUUUAUCAUGGACAGAGGUAGUUAAAGAAUUAGAUCAGUCUGACUUUAUGAUUAAAGAUAGAAAAGGUUUAGUCCUGCUUAUUACUACUCUUCGUCUUGCUUUGAAGAAACAAAAAUUCCUCAGAGAAAGCUUCCCAAUUAAAAUGUUUUAUUACCAGUGGACAAAUUCUGACUCACAGAUGUCCUUAUUACAAUAUUGUCUUCAAAAUUCUGAUAUAUUCUGUUUUAAUGAUUAUCCUUGUCGUAGAGUUAAUGUUGACUUUUUAAAUGUUAGGCCGGGUACAGAAAACCAAGACAUAAACAAUUGGCGUUCAAUUGAUUUAGUCGAUGCAUUGUUUGGUUUGGCGGAACGAGGUCAUUGUUAUGAAAUACAAGAUUGCUUGAAGUAUCCAGUUCAUAAUUGUCCUGAUAUAUUAGCUCUUGCUCUUAUACAAUCCAAUGAGCCUCUCAAUAUAAUUAGACAUGAAGUUUUUAGUGUUAUUUUCUCAAUUUUCCUUGGAAACCACAGCAAUUCCGAUAUUGUUUUAAAUCGUGCAUGGAAUCAUCAGAACACAGGGCUUAAACAUACUUUAGCUCAGUCAAUGUGUGACUGGUAUAUGCGAAGCGAUUGUGACCAUGUAAAACUUGCACGAAUAUUAGAUAUAGCACAAGACCUAAAAGCAUUAUCAUUUUUACUGAGUGUUCACCAGUUUACCUUUAUUAUAGAUCUAGCUUGUUUAGCUUCUCAGCGUGAAUACUUGAAAUUGGAUAAAUGGCUUUCAGAUAAAAUUCGCGAACAUGGUGAAAAUUUUAUUGCCUCGUGUGUCAAAUUUUUACAGAAACGUUGCCCUCAACUAACUGGAUAUUUAGCUAAAGAUGAGAAUUUCUCAAAAUAUACAACGUUAUCAUCUGACACUGUUUUAACAAUGUUAAAUUGCUUGCGAAAUAUAAACUCAGGAAACAUUACUCCAAAUUUGUUAGAAGCUAUUAUGAUAAUGGUAACAAAUUAUACUAAUAUGUAUAUGACCAAAGUGCCACGCAUUAACCCAAUCGGCCCCCCACCAACUUUAAUACGUCAACCACAACAUCUUCGUACUAUGGAAGCAUCAUCUUCCCAAAUAUAUGUGAACCAGUUGUCAGGACUUGCUACUAGUCUUACUAAUAUUGGACUCAAUCCUACGUCAGGCUCUGCGUUUACCUUACCAGUGUCAUUGGGACAUUUAAUUCAAGCCCCUAUUUCACCAUCUCAAAAUAUGUUUGGGAAUCCCUCUGGAUUUAAUAACUUCUCAAUUAUGACAUCUCCAUCAACAAGCGUUCAAUGUACGAACAUGUGGAGCCAUUUAAGUGUGCCACCUAAUAUGAUGAGUUGUAUGUCGCCACUACCAGUUACUACACCAGCUAUUACACCACCUACUAAACCUAUACAAAAUUUUGAAAACAGUAUGUUUUUGGAUAACAUAUCAGAUCCAAUGCCAAAAGAAAUAGAAGACGAAGCUAAUAGCUACUUUCAGCGUAUUUAUAGUUUGACGCCUACUAUUGACUCAUUAAGUAUUGAUGGUGUACUAGACAUGUUAAAGAGAUUUCUCGAGUCGUCUGUUAAACGUGAAAAGGAUGUAUUUUGCUGCGUGUUAAGGAAUUUAUUUGACGAAUAUAGAUUUUUUCAUGAGUAUCCAGAAACAGAACUUAAUAUAACAGCCCAAUUAUUUGGCGGUGUUAUACAACAUGGUUUUAUUGUAAAUUAUAAAGUUCUAUGUUUAGCUCUCCGUUUUGUUUUGGAUUCCUUAAAAUCACCUCCAGACACAAAAAUGUAUAAUUUUGGAAUAAUUGCGUUGAACCGUUUUAAAAAUCGAUUGAAGGAUUAUCAUCAGUAUUGCACCCACAUUGCAGCUAUUCCUCAUUAUCACCAAUUUCCUCCGCAUCUUAUUGAGUAUGUAGAAUAUGGCAAAACUUCUCAAGAGCCACCACCAUCAUCUAGACUUAUAGAACAGACUGAGAUGGUACAAGGGCCAGUUACAGGCGAUCAACAGAGUUCAGUAAAUAUUGCUGUUAAUACCACGAUAGCCUCAGGGAUACCAGCAACAGUAAAUAUGAGUACGAACUCUUUAAAUGCUUUAAAGCCAUCAAGACCUUCGUUUGCAAUUAUUCCAUCUGUAGAUUCAUUACUUGACACAAAAAAUAAAAACAUUAUCAUUCCACCCGAAAGCGUUCAAGAUAAAAUAGCUUUUAUCUUUAACAACUUGAGUCAAGUUAAUGUUCAAGUAAAGUGCAACGAAGCCAAAGAAAUUAUCAUUAAUGAUUAUUUGCCGUGGCUAUCUCAAUAUCUAAUUAUGAGACGAGUCAUUAUUGAAACAAAUUUCCAUGCAUUAUAUUUAAAUUUUGUAGACUGUUUUGAUAAUGCAAGAUUUAAUUCUUUGAUUAUGGAAGACACUUUAAAAAGUAUAAAAGUGCUGUUGGGCUGCGCUAAAGAUUUGAACAAUUUUUCAGAAAGAAAUUUGUUAAAAAAUUUAGGCCAUUGGUAUGGGAUGAUUACAAUAGGAAAAAAUAGACCCGUAUUGAUGAAAGAUGUCGACCUUAAAAUGUUGUUGGUUGAUUCGUACAGUAAAGGUGUUAAAGAAUUACUAUAUACUGUACCAUUUAUAACAAAAGUUUUAGAAUCGUGUUCUAGAAGUAGAAUAUUUAAACCGAAGAAUCCUUGGACGAUGGCUAUUAUGAACUCUUUAGCUGAACUUCACCGUACUCCUGCUUUAAAGUUAUCAUUAAAGUUUGAAGUGGAAGUACUUUGUAAAACUUUACAACUUAAUCUCAUGGAGUUGCAGCCUUCUUGUAUACUUAAUAAUCCUGAAUUACAAAAGAAUCCGAAUGAGAAACCAAUUACUGAUGUUGAGGAAGUGCCAGUAGAAGAACAGAUGGAAACAGAUAUUCCUGCGAUUAUGACUUCCGAAAUGCAACACACAAAGAUCGCUUCAGCUGUACAAUCAGUGUUUAUAUUUAAUGAUGAGAUGGUUACUGAAAUAGUGGCAUCUGGAGGAAUUAGAACACUUACGUCAUCUAUUAGUGAAAUUUCACCUUCACCUAUGAUCGACGAUAAAUAUAACCUUUCAACUCUUGAAAAUGCAUCACUGAUGUCGCCAAUUAUUGCUAUUAAUACUCUAGUACCACGAUUUGUAAAAAUACCAAAACUUAAGGGUUGUGUAUGGGCAGCUGUCCACCGAACAGUCCGAGAUUGGAUCGAACCGGUAGUGCAAAGAACUGUUAAAAUAGCUGCCGAUACUACUAUAGCUAUUGUCAAAAAAGAUUUUAGUAUGGAUCCAGAUGAAUUGCUUAUGAGGAAAGCGGCUCAUUUAUUUAUAGAAAAAAUAACUUCGUCAAACGCAUUGGAUAGAAUUCGGGAACACGUUUUGUACACGUUAAAUUUAAAUUUAAAACAAUACUUUAUAAGUGUAAUCGCGUCACCUAAACAAGCCCAGAUAGAACUAAUUGACAAAGCAUCUACUAUUUGUGCAAAUGAUCAUUUAGGAUUGACAUGUUCUUUUAUUCAUCAAAAUGUAUCUCAAAAAGCAAAACUUGAAAUUGACGACACUUUAAAAACAGAAUAUGAAAAGUGCAAAAUGGAAUCGCGUCGUUAUGCUGGACAAGAUGUAGCUAGUAAUCAAGCAGCUCAAUUCUUACCAGAUUUGCUUCGUAACAAAGUUAAUUUACCAACUCCUCAGGUGUUAGACCUUUAUGACGAAUACUCAAAAUCUAUACCAAGCUUUCAACCAUUGGACCAAUCGGCAAUUGCAUUAUUCGUGGCCAAGAAUAGUAACCCACCCGAUGAGAUGACUAUUAUUUAUGAAAAACUUAUCAAUGAUGUUGAAACACUUUUACAAUUGUACUUGGCAAAUCAACGAAUUCUUUCUAAUUCAACACAACCAACAAACUUGCAUAGUGUAUUGGAAGCAUUAAUAUCAUUGAGAAGAAGCCGUGAUGUUGUUACUGCAGCAAAUGUUGUCAAUAAAGUUCUCGAGAGCUUUUUAGACGGUUUAAAUCCUACUGCAAAUCGAGAUUUGGAUAUGACAAUCAGAUAUCGUGACACGCUCCUUAAUAUAUUUAGGGCAUUUCAAGAUCCUCGAGCAUACAACAUACAGUGGACUAACAAAACAUUGACCAAGGCUCUUAUUGGAGCUAGAGAUGAUUUGCGAUACAAUCUGGAUGCAAUUGACAUACUGAUUCGUGCUGGUAUGGUGAAUAUGACUAUGUAUGAUACGUACUUAGCUAUGUCUAUGGAGAAUGGAACCAACUAUGUCGCUAUGGCAUAUGUUAAACAAUUUUUGCAAAAUUAUUUAAUCGACAAUCGGACUAAUUCUCCAAUUACCCAACAGCAUUUACAAUCGUCAAUCGAUGCUAUAAGUUCAAUUUUGCAAAGUGGUCUCACUACACCCGAGGGACUGGCAAGUAUUCUUGAAGUGAUAAGACCGUCGCAUGCAGAAAGUGAUUCUAUAGAUAGACUGACAAAUAAUAAUAACACAUCAACACUAAAAAUUCAGCAUGGAAUGUUACGAGGAAGAGAUGUUGAUGAUCCUCCUGGUUUGCUUGAAAAAACUGAAUAUUUACUAAAAGAAUGGUUGACUCUUUAUACCAGUUCACCAAAUAGAGAUCCUGCGAAAACAUUUAAUAUUUAUAUUCAUCAAAUGAACGUUCAAGGAAUUUUGAAGUCCGAUGACAUCAUUACUCGUUUUUUCCGACUUAGCUCCCAGUUGAUAGUGGAGUUAUGUUAUCGUCAACUACCAGACUCAACUCCGUCUUCGACAGCAGUGCGGACAAAACUUUCCAACACUAUCGAUGCCUAUGUAAACCUCAUAGUGAUGUUAGUGAAACAUUCUGGCGAUACAAACGCCAUAACUAUCAAAACUAAUCUUUUAAAUAAAGUACUUGGUAUUAUUGUUGGUGUAUUACUUCAAGAUCAUCAGCUACAAGGUCCCGGUUUUUAUCAAUUGCCAUAUCACAGAAUGUUAAGUAUGCUCUUUCUUGAGUUGAACACACCGGAUCCAGUACUAGAAUCAAUCAAUAGCGCUACAUUAGCUGCCUAUUGCCAUACUUAUCACCUACUUCGACCUAAGAAAGUUCCUGGUUUUGCUUUUGCUUGGAUAGAAUUGAUAUCUAAUCGUGUAUUUAUUGGUCGAAUUCUAAGUUUAACUACACAGGAAAAGCGGCAGAACACAAAUGAUCAAAAGCAAAAUACCGAUGUCCAAGGAUGGAAUUUCUAUGCUCAACUGCUCGUUGAUCUGUUAAAAUACUUAGCGCCAUUUUUACGAAAUACUGAGCUAGCUAAACCUGUUCAGUUAUUAUACAAAGGAGCAUUGCGAAUAAUGUUGAUAUUGUUGCAUGAUUUUCCAGAGUUUUUGUGCGAGUAUCAUUAUGGAUUUUGUGAUGCCGUACCGCCCAAUUGCGUUCAGAUGAGGAACUUAAUAUUGUCUGCUUUUCCACGGAAUAUGCGCUUACCAGAUCCGUUUACUCCGAAUUUAAAAGUAGAUGUUCUUAAAGAAAUAGCAAUAUCUCCAAAAAUUGGUCCAGACUUCCAAAGCAACAUUCAACCUCAAACUUUCAAAAAUAAUUUGGAUUUGUAUCUAAAGACACGGUCUCCAGUUACUUUUUUGUCUGACAUCCGUUCUACUUUGCAACAAACCAGUGUCGAACCAGGGAUGCGUUAUAAUUUAUCACUCUUAAAUGCUAUUGUUUUGUAUGUUGGGACCCAAGCUAUACAACACAUUAGAAGUAAAGGUCAAGUGCCUAACACUUCAACGAUUGCACAUUCUGCACAUAUGGACAUAUUUCAAAAUUUAUCAGUGGACCUUGACAACGAAGGUCGAUAUUUGUUUUUAAAUUCCAUGGUAAAUCAUUUACGUUUUCCUAACAGUCACACACACUAUUUUAGUUGUACCCUUUUGUUAUUGUUUGCUGAAGCUAACAGUGAAGCUAUUCAAGAACAAAUAACACGAGUACUUUUGGAAAGACUUAUUGUAAAUAGACCACAUCCUUGGGGCUUGUUGAUCACGUUUAUUGAAUUAAUUAAGAACCCACUUUAUAAAUUUUGGGACCACGAAUUUGUACACUGCGCACCUGAAAUAGAAAAACUUUUUGAAUCAGUUGCUCGUUCUUGUAUGGUCCAUAAACAAACAAGCCAGCCACCAACUUUUGCCAGUAUGUCAAGAAUGUGAAAAUUGAAUAAAACGUUUUAAUUUAAUGUAAUAUAUGUAUGUUAUUUCCAAUACUUGAUUAUAGUCAGUUAAAAACCAAAGAAAAAGAAAAUUUUAUAUCUGUAUUAAUUUGUAGUGUAAAAGUCAUGUAAUUAUCAUUUAUUCAAUUUUGUAAGUUGUAAAAUUUAAGAGUGUUGUAUUUAAAGUGUAGUCAUUUUCUUUGUACUCAUAUAUUAU